AAUUAAUGCUCUUUUUUUCCAAUAAAGUUAUUUUGAAAAAAAAUCGAGUCGCCUUCCUCGUCAUCAAUCUUUCUUCUUCACCUUUUUUUUUUCUAAACCUAAAAAAUGGAUGAUGAUGCUAUUCGCGUAAAGCAAGAGAUUCUACCGACUCCUACUUCCGUCAACGGAAUCAAACCCUCCGUAAUCGAUCUCUGCAGCAGCGACGAAGAAGACAACGACGGCAUCGGUGCUUCCAGAGCCGUCGGCGAGAAGAGAGCGCGAAGCGGUGAUAUCGAUACUCCGGCGAAGAGGGUAGCGGUAGAGGAAGGGAUUGGGCAAUCGUCUUCGAUAGUGGCUCUCCAGGCUACGCCUUGUAACGUCGUGAGGCCUUCUUUGUCUUGCAAGCAGUUCUGGAAAGCAGGGGAUUACGAAGGAACAUCCGGUGGUCACUGGGAAGUCUCUGCAGGUGGGUUUGAUCAUGUGAGAGUACAUCCCAAGUUCUUGCAUUCUAACGCUACAAGUCACAAGUGGGCUCUUGGAGCAUUUGCUGAGCUUUUGGACAAUGCUCUAGAUGAGGUACACAGUGGAGCUACAUAUGUUAAUGUCAACAUGCUAAACAAUAAGAAAGAUGGAAGCAGGAUGCUCUUGAUUGAAGAUAAUGGAGGUGGGAUGAAUCCUGAGAAGAUGCGACACUGCAUGUCUUUGGGAUACUCUGCCAAGAGCAAACUUGCAAACACCAUUGGACAGUAUGGCAAUGGAUUCAAGACUAGUACAAUGAGACUCGGAGCUGAUGUUAUUGUAUUCUCACGUUGCCCUGGAAAGGAUGGAGAUAGCUUUACACAGACAAUUGGGCUGUUAUCAUACACGUUUCUGAAGAGCACAGGGAAAGAGGACAUUGUUGUACCCAUGCUCGACUACGAAAGGGACGGUUCAGAAUGGAGUCCAAUAGUACGGUCUUCAGUUAGUGAUUGGAAUAAGAACGUGGAUACGAUUGUUCAAUGGUCCCCAUUCUCUACUGAAGACGAGCUUCUUUGCCAGUUCAAUCUAAUGAAGGAGCAUGGCACAAGGAUAAUCAUAUAUAACCUCUGGGAAGAUGACCAAGGACUGCUAGAACUUGACUUUGACACGGAUCCACAUGAUAUCCAACUUAGAGGGGUCAAUAGGGAUGAGAAAAGUAUCAGUAUGGCUGCUCAGUACCCUAACUCUAGACACUUCCUCACAUACAGGCAUUCACUCAGAAGUUAUGUAUCUAUUCUAUACCUGAGAGUUCCACCUGAGUUCCGUAUCAUUCUCCGAGGAAGAGAUGUUGAGCAUCACAACAUUGUGAAUGACAUGAUGCACACAAACCAAAUCACUUAUCGUCCAAAAGAAGGUCCCGGUGGACAAUCUAAUUUCUCAAAUAUGUCUGCUGUUGUGACGAUUGGAUUUGUUAAGGAUGCAAAACAUCACGUUGAUGUUCAAGGCUUCAAUGUCUACCACAAGAAUCGCCUUAUUAAGCCAUUUUGGAGGAUAUGGAAUGCAGCAGGAAGUCAAGGUCGUGGGAUCAUAGGUGUUUUGGAAGCUGAUUUCGUUGAGCCGGCUCAUGAUAAGCAAGGUUUUGAGCGUACAACAGUUUUGUCUAGACUCGAGACACGUCUUCUUGUAAUGCAGAAGAAUUAUUGGAGGUUGAACUGUCACAGAAUUGGAUAUGUUUCAGCACAUGGCAAAAAGUCCGCUAAAGACUCUGAAGACAGAGAAUCAUCACCAGAGUAUGCAGUCUCAACCAGGAAAAGAGCUGCUGCUGCAUCGUUGAGCUUUAAAACUCCAACUGCUGCAAGGACAGUUGUGAAUCGAGGAGGAAAAGGAAAAGGAUCUGUUAGAGAUUCUAAUGGGGUCGGUUCAUCAGAGAAAAGUGGUAAACACGGAAACACCUCUUCCAAGUUUAAUGGACGAGCAAAGCCUCGAGGAGCUCCUCCAGCUGUAGAAGAUAUCAACAGUGAUGAGGACUCUGAUCACGAUCCUCCGGGUGAAGAAAAUGUCACUGAGCCUCCUGAGAAGAGCUUCGAACCACCAACCAAGCCACGUUCUGCUGAUUCACGUACCCUCAGUCAACUAGAGCAAGAGAAUGAAACGUUAAAAGAGAGGCUAAAUAAAAAGGAAGCUGUUUACUUGCUGUUGCAAGAAGAGCUGCGACGUGAGAAAGAGCUUCGCAAAAAACUUGAAGCUGAGGUUCAAAGAACAAAAGAUGAGUUAGAAGACGUGAAGAAAGAGCAGGAGAGUUUAAUCGACAUAUUCUCAGAGGAUAGAGACAGACGCGACAAGGAGGAAGAAGAUCUCAGAAAUAAGCUAGAGGAGGCGUCAAACACGAUCCAAGCGUUGCGAGGGAGACGUUAGAGGUCUGGAACUAGCUCGGAAGGAUGUCACUGCAUGGAGGAGGAUACCAUUGACUCGUUAGGUUUUUUUUUUUGUGGUGGCACAGUGUUGUCUCUGACCCAACCACACCGGAGUUAGUAGAGAAGUAGGGGUAUUGUAAUAGAGUUAAAUUUCCAACAAAUACUCACACAUUGGUUAUUGCAGUCAAUGUAAGUAGGAUCAUCAAAUUGACAUUUACAAAUUGAAUUACAUUUGCUUUUGAAUUUAA